AAAUUGCCGGCCGCAGAUGAUCAUCAGAUUGCUGCCCGUUCUUUGGUUGCCGUGACUGAAUACCUUCUUGUUCGAGCAGUCGGGCAAACUCAAUCCACGAUGCCGGCUUCCUGUCAGGAUAUCAGGAACGCACUGGCGCAAUGCCUCCAGGAAUCCGACUGCAUCAUGGUCCAGCGACACAGCCCGCGGGAGUGUCUCAGUGACCCUCACGUCGACCAGCUUCCGAUGCGAUGCCAGCAGCUGCGGAAGGGCUUCAGCGAGUGCAAACGCGGCUUGAUCGACAUGCGCAAACGAUUCCGCGGGAACCAGCCCAUUUCGGUAUCGACGGAACUCGAGGGCGGAAGCUCCAACAAGUCCCAGCAAUUGUAUGCUGGCAAGCCGGCGUUCGAGUCGGUCAAGGAGAUCAGUGGAGAUGAGGUGAAGAUGGAUCCCGAGAAGACGAGAGGUCUGUGAUCGCGGGGGGGGGAAAGAAAUAAUUGGUGUUACCCAAGGGGAGCGGGCAAGUCAGUUGUCAUCAAGAACAACCCCCCUCCAGCUUGGCACUCGUAACG